UGUAGUACGAUACAACUUGAAUAGUCGCCGAGGAGGGUUUUAUUCACACAUCUUGCAUGAAGUACGCAGAAACAAGUGCCCAGAUUGGAAAUUAUAGCAGUAGAUCAAGACCAUCCACGUCUUCAUAUCAGUCAAGCCGCAUGACUACUAAUAGUGAAUAUCUCUAUCAUAUGCCUAGUUCUGACCAUAAAAGGAUGCUUUCCCAGUAAGAGUAAUAGUAGUGUGUGGACUUUGAAGAUAUCGAGAGAAACAGCAUUCGAACUAUCACAAUUAAAUACCACCAAUAUCUACUAUCCAUACACCUCUAUAUACUGCAGCUCGGAAUGCUGAACAAGACCCCGUAGUCAUAAUGCAAUUCACUACUAUUUUUGUGGUCUUUGCCGUCGCCGUCAUGACCGCCCCAGCUCCCAACUCCGAUGCCAACCCACUUAUUAAGGAAGCUGUCGAUAUUUCUAAUGACAUCAUUGAGCCCAAGGCUUGCUGCCUCUAAGGGGGCGAUGUUGGAUUCGAUCGGAGGUGGGGAUAGGCGGAACAGCUCCUUUGGCAGUAGUCAUUCGUUUAGAAAUGGUAAUGCCUACCUACCUAGGUAUCCAAUGUACCUAGAUACAUGUAACCUCCAAUUGAGGCCAAGACAACUUCAAGUAUGGAUGUAAACUAAAAUAGAAACAAUCUCCGAUCUAGCUACCUCGCACAGAUAAAUUCUUUUUUAAGUGGCUGACGAAAGUAGGCUGUUGGUAACCAGCUAGGUAGCUGUUGCUACGAGAUAGAUUA